AUGCUUCUCCAGCCGUCUCUGCAUCAAUCCAAGCUUUCUAUCUCCUCCACCAUCUCCUACUCCAGCUCCUUCCAAUGGAGAACUCCCAACUUCACCCCUCGUCGGGAUCUCGAUCGUCCCACUUUCCCAAUCACUUGCUCCAUCUCACAAGUGCACAGCUAUGGAACUGUUGAUUUCGAGAGGAGACCUCUAAUCAGCUCGGAAUUGUCAUCUUUAGAGCAGGGAAGCUGA